UAUCUUCAUAUUGAUUAAUUUUCAUCAAUGCCCUCGUGCUAGUUAAUAUACUCAACAGGGUAAAAAUAAUGGUUCUCAUCACAGAUUAGCUUCAAAGAAUCCGAUAGUUUGAACGUAGGUACGUUUUCUAAAAAUGAAUCAGAAAUGUUUCAUUCCCGAUAUUGAUGUAUGAUGUAAUUUAAUCACCAAAAAAACAUUUAUCACGAUAUAAUUCAUUCAUGUCAGAACUCACUUUCUACCUAAUGUUAGACUCGUUAAUUCUAUUCUAUUCGAUAAACGAAUUAGGUAAAGCAUUUUAUAAUGUACCUUGAACCAACCUACUUUACGUAGUACCCGCCUACUUUGCUAGGCAAUAGGUAGACAGAAAUACACUUAGGUAUAAUAAUUAAUAUUUGACAUGUCUGAACUUUGAAGUCAGAUGAAUAAAAAGUAUCUCCUCGUUCUGCUGGCAUGCAGCUAAGAUAAUUAGGUACCAAUAUAAGCAAUGGUGCUAAACUCUUCAAAAUGAUAGGUCGUCUAAGUUUUGAGUACGACUAUUUACGAAUCCACUGAUUAUGUUUGAUUGUACUAGUACAUAAGUAAAAUAAAGAACCUACGUAAUUCCUUGCAGAAACUUAUUUAGAUAGAACCAAUAAGUUAGGGCUAACUUCAACUUUGUUUUACGCUUAAUGAGAUCAAAACAUAACCGCGUUUAACUCUCUGAUUGGCCAGUUCCAUGAACGUGUCAUACCUACGUUUCGUUACUGCGUAGCAAUGAUAGUUUUCUGUGGUAUCUAAUAACUAUACAAUAUUUAUAUUAGGUACCUACCUACCUAUUCAAUAAAAGAGCGUUAAUAUUGACGCAUUCGUACCUACCUAGUCGUUUCAUUAGGUACAGAAGGUAGGCACUAUUGUAUGCAGGCGCAUUUUAUUUGAAAUUGUUCAAAACUUACCUUGUAAACGGAUAUCUGUCUUGACGUUUUGAUUUGACACUUCUGACAGUGACAGGCACAAAGUUCAUCGAUCAUUUCGUUGAGAAUGCCGCACUUUUAUCAUAGACAUGUAAAAUGUUUAAUGUGCCCUUUUUUCAUACCAUAUCUCUUUCACUCAUGUUCUAAAGUAUAUUAUUCUAUCCUGUUGUCACUUGAUGACACGACCAAAUAAUACUGAAACGUGACUGUGUGUGAAUUGAAAUGUUCCCGAAAAUCAAAUAAAAACUAUGAUCUCAUAAUUAUUUAAAUGCGGUUUUUGAGUCUAUUAGGUUUUAAACAUUUUUAAUGUUACCUCUUUAAUAUUUUACUGUGCAUUUCUUUAAAGUGAAGAAGCAAUGCAGCAGUCGCCCUUUGAAAAUAUAUUCAACAUUAUAGGAGGAAUAACGGAAGGAAACGAGAAACCCAUGAAACAUGGGUUUUAUAACGCUUUUGCCUUAUUCAUAUUAGCUAUAUGUUGUGUGGCAGUGUAUGUGCUGUUUCUAAUUUUGGAGCCCUUUUUCAAGCCCUUGUUUUGGGCUCUUCUAGUUGGCUCUUUGCUCCAUCCAUUUAAAUAUAAACUUUCGAAGAAGCUGAAAUCAUGGUUCGAGGAUCUGGAGAAGUCGAACACGUCUGUGGUAGUUGGUUUGAUGGUGAUUCCAAUGAAUGUGGUUAACUAUGCUUCGGACACUGUUGGCCAACAGUUUAUAGAUCAUUACAAGACUGUGAUAGGAUUGUUAUCAGCAAUAUUUGUGUUGCCGUGGCUAUACAAUGCAGUACCUCGGAGUCUAGUCUGCCUCUUCUGGCAACUCAGUAGUUUCAUCAGCUUUUCCACGACAUUAUUGAUAAGUGUCUGCAGCUCUUACAUUACCUUGACAAUAUUCUUAGCUUACAUAAUUAGUGUGUACAUACUAUGGACACCGCAAAGAGCCACCAUCUUCCGUAUUACAUCACACAUGCUAUGGCUGGUCAUCUCAAGCUUCAUAGCAAGUCUCACAGGAUCUCUGCAAGUCUACACCUUUGUGUUCCUUCAAGCAAUAUGCAUUACUGGCUUUACUUUACAAGUGUUUGAUGCACAUAAGAAAUUACUGGAAAAAGAUCCAGAAGCGUCACUCAUAUUAGCAUUCGUUAAAACUAUUUCAAAUGUUGAAGAUAAUGAGAAGAAGGUGGAAGAUAAACCUGAAGAGGUGGCUAUGGAGUCCAGUGAGCAAGAGAGUACUCCAGAAAAAGACUCUCCGUCUCCAGUAACACCUGAAGGCUUAGUUAAAAGGGGAAGUUGGGCGUCUAACGAACCAAUCCAAAGUUCUCCACGCCACCCGAAAAUAUUAUUUAAAACUCGAACACUAUCCGCUCUACCGUUAUCGAAUCCGAAAAUUAAAUGCGACACACGAUUCUUGAAUGCGUUCAAGCAAAGAUCGUUAGAUGAGAAUUACAUUAAGAAUAACUUUGACAAUGAUGAAGAGACUGCUCUGUAUUUCAAGCUCCUGUUCUUUGGAUGUCUCUGUAUGCUUGUUUGGAAGCAUAUCUGGUUGUUACCAGUAACUCUGUUCUUCCUGGCUAUACAUGUUAUGAAGAGGCUGUUGGACUAUUUCGGAGUAUGGCUGUUCUUUGAGAAUCACUAUAAUAAUGUUAUGGGGAAAAUAAAAGGCUGGUGGAAAUUGAGGCAAUCAGCUUUACUGCCAGCGCACGUUCGUGGACUGGGCAAGAUGGCGUCUGUUUGCAAUUCUAGCAUCCGAGACAUGGGGUAUAGCUCUGUGGAUACUGUGUCCACGUGUAUCGUCAUUGUUGGACUUAUAUUAUUCCUGGCGGUUGCUAGCGUCUUCAUAUUUAUUCAGAUAUACUCCGAAGCCAUAGUAGUGGUCCAGUUGAGCGGUAGUCUUUUGAACAGCACAUAUGUUCAGAAUAGCGAAUUGCAUGCUUAUCUACCUGAAGGAUGGGAGGAGAAACUUGACUCGCUUAUUGAUAACGCAUACACGUACGGGAGGGAGGGAAUCUCUACUGCGGUUAAAAGUAUCCUAAAAGAAGGUGAUCCAGAGAAAAUAAAUCGCGUUGAACAACAAAUAUUGGAGUUAUGGGACCGAGUGUACCAGAGUUGGGUGUCGGGACACUUCGCGUCCACUGUUGGGCCACAGGUCGACGGCGCUGCGAUACAGGACUCGUGGGAUAACCUGGUCAAUGAUGUGUCUAAUGCACCUGGCAUAGUGGCGUGGGUGCAAGCCAACGUGGGUACUCUAAGUGCCAUAGCUACAAGUAUAUGGGCGCCAUUGGCGAGCAACGUGUCUCUGCUGGCCGGGUCAGUAGGAGCAUUCACAUCGCUGCUACUCUGCGGUGGAAGCGCUCUCAUUAACAUGUUUAUUAAUUUGGUUGUAUUCUUCACGACUCUGUUCUACCUGCUGGCGUCCAGUAACGCGCUGUACAAGCCGGUGGAGGUGAUCACACAGGUUCAGCCUAACUUUGGACCUAGACUCGGCAUCGCGCUCUCUGUCGCUAUUAACCAGGUAUUCCGAGCAUCAUUUAAGAUGGCCUUGUUCUAUGGUCUAUGGACGUGGCUGGUACACAAUCUGUUUGGCGCUAAAGUCGUUUAUUUACCAUCAGUGUUAGCAGCCGUAUUAGGUGCAGCUCCGUUCCUGGGUCCAUACCUGGCGGGUAUACCGGCCGCGCUGGACGUUUGGCUGCAAGGCAGACCUAUGGCUGCGUUACUGCUACCCAUAGCGCAAGCAGCUCCCAUAGCUUUCCUCGAUGCUGCCGUCUACGCUGAGAUAAAAGACGGCGGACAUCCUUACGUUACCGGUCUAGCCAUUGCCGGCGGCAUAUUCUACCUGGGACCUGAAGGUGCAAUCCUCGGCCCUCUCCUACUCUGCUGCCUCAUGGUGGUCCUCAACCUGUCUUCCACAUUCCUCAGGGACACACCUUCCGAGGAGAGGGCAGCACUACACUCGAGAGUCAGGUUCGGUGCUUAUAUCUGAUGGGCUUGCAUGCACCACUAACUCGUAACGUCGCCACCUCAUUGUCAAUUGAUAAGCAAUAUGUAACAGCUGAACACCAAAUGUUAAGAAUUACUUACAUUUAAUACUCAUUACAUACACUACUGGACAAAUUAAUGGGACAUCUAUCUAUAAGUAUGUUAAUGUUAUGUUAUGCCUCCAUCAUGUUAAACGGCAAUGUCCAAAAAUUAUAAAACACAUUUCGAUUGUGCUUUUAUUCUACUAAAGUGAUAAACGAAAAAUGCAAAUACUAAAAUGUCCCGUUGUAUUUGUCCCCAAGUGUAUCAUAGUAUAUUUAUUGUUAUAUCAUUAACUAUAGAUAAGCAUCGCACGAUACGAUUAUAUUAUUUAUAGUAGCUACUCACUCAAAGCUAUAUCUGUGUCAAAUAAGCUAAAGAGAUGCUUAAUACAGGACUCUCUACACUUAGUGCAUGAAAAGUGCCGUUAAAUGUGUUUUUCUAGUAUCAUUGAGGCCGGUUUCACGACCAGAGACACUACAUAUUAUAUAUUAAUUAUAAAAUAUGUAAUAAAUAUGAAAAUGGCCGUUAUUAUUGUAUAUUUUUAUGUAUUUUAAUAUUUUAUCUAUAAAACAAGAACCUCCACUAUACAUGUAAGUCUAUUUAUUAUACUUAAAGUUGUGUUUUAUCUCAAGUUAGAAAACUUUCUGUCAACUAAUGAACAUUUUAAUUUGAAUAUGAUAAGCGAUCUAUUCACUCGUGUCUUGAAGACACCCAGCCCAGGUCAUACACCCUUCGGUAUAUAUCUAAUACCUUUGAACGAGUAUCUUUUGUUAAAGACUAGUCAUUAUGAAUAUUAUCAAAUUAAUCACUUUGGCUGUAACAUUUAUAUCACGGAUCACAGGCUCGGUCUAAUUUCUUGAAAUUGUAUUGAAUGCGUUUCAGGGGCGAUAAAUCGAUCUAACUAGGUUUCAUUUUCAGAAAAUGUCGUUUACUAAAACACUGAGCAAAGCUCGGUCAUCCAGGUACUAGGACUAUAAAGUACUACUGACAUAGGUCUAAAUCAAAGUAAGACUUGCCGACCCCCAUAUAAUUGGUAUAAAAGUUUCGAUUCUGAUGUUGAAAUUAAAAUGAAGGAAAUCUGACCAAGUAAUUGAUCGAAUGUAACAUCAAAUAAAUUUAGUUGACUUGAGAUUUAACACAAAUUCUUUAUAGAUGUCAAAGCAAGUGCGUAUUACACCGGGAACAGUAAUAGGAAACGACAUCAGUUCGAUACAAGAAAGAUACCCCAACCUCUUGGUUUUCGUGUUUUACUCUCGGUAUAAUAUGACCUUUACAAUCAAUCUUUUGGUCUAUAUAAUUUGUGGUUUAUGUCUGCUUUGUUUUUUCGCUUUGUGUUCGUCUCCAUAUUUAUUAAAAGUAAAAAAAAAAUAGCUAAUAUCUGCAAAUUGUGAUUAUAGGUAAUUAUAAUUAUUUCAUUUUUACAUAUUCGUUUCCUGUCCUAAGUUAAUCGUUUUACAUUGUAGUUCAAACAACACGGUCCGCUUUGGCAGUGGACUUUUAGUCUAGGUGUUUGAGUAUUUAUUCAGAGAUUGUUAUCGAUUAGAUUAUUAUUAUUAUUUAUUCAUUUAUAUUUAUGUAUGUUUAUGAAAUGUUAGUAAGGACUACAUAAGUAUUAAAUAGAUAUUUAUUACAAUGGUAAAAUAUAGGAUAUGAAAUAAACGAAAUCAAUUUCUUUUCAAAUAUAAAAAUAUUAUAAAUAUUAGUAUUAUUGAGAAAAGACGAUAGUAGGAAAUAAAAACGUAUUUAUUUAUUUUCUGAUUCCUUGCUGUUUUGCCUUGCAUGUUACUAAGUUGAAUAGUAUGUACAAUAGACAAAUUCUGCUUGAAAAUGUUUUCCAAAAGAUUCUAUUUUAAUUAAUGGAGAAAUGUAUGUAUGUCUGAGUGAAAAGGAAUCGUUUGUCCAUCAAAUAAAUGUUGUAAUCGUUUACGAUUACAUUAGUAAUAACUGCAUAAAUACAAAAUUUUAAUUGCCAUAACCAGUUACGUUACGUACCGUUGCAUUACAAUAUGGCACGUUGCAUGAAAACCAGUAAAUAAAUCGAUGUUUUCAGCAGUUACUUAUAUUUUGUGCGCAUCAUCAAUAUGGGGUCUAAAUAGAACUUGAAGUCAGUGUCACGGUAAUAUUAUCAUACAGUAUUGUAACUCAGCCGCAUGACAGAGUUAAAUAUCUACAGCUGCGCGGUACGUAAACGUGCGUUAGGGCUGCCCGUCUCCAGUAUUUUAGUUGCAUUUGCCUACUUUCUGUUUCUAUUUAGUUUUGCCCUUUUUUACACAAACAAAUAAAAUACUUCGUAUAUGGAAUAGGAAGUGUUCAAUAAAAAUGCGUGUUGCAUUUUGAUUGGUAAGAGACUUAAUUUAAAAAAAAAACAUGUUAAAGUUUGAAAAUCAAAUCGGGCUUAUAAAUUUGCGACCGAAAAUAUUUGCAAAAAUAUACUACCAAAAACAGCACAAUAUAUCCUACUCGCCAUAUUAAAUAUGUAUUUGAACUUGAUUAAUGUUAAAAUAACGACACAGCCCGUUCGUCACUGCGGCACAGUCGCGACUGUUAUCAUGCCGAAUGCAUGCCACGAUCGAGGCGCGUAGGCAUAGCUUGCGUUUCGUCAGUUUGUAUGAAGUUGGAAUACUGUAUUAUAAUAUUACCGUGUCAGUGUUUCGUAAGGUUAAUACCGAAGGGACAGAUAAGCACAUUAUAGCUUCGCUAAAUUAAAAUAAAUUGAUCAAAUUAUUUAUUUCACAUCUUCCAUUAAAUAAAAUAGUAUCUAAUGAAACAGUGACUGAUACCCUUUUCUCUAGUCUUUAUAUUUAUUAAAAAAAACCAUUAAUAUUGUAUAAUUAUUGUUUACACAAAACAUAUUAUGUAUAGAUAAACAAGUCUUCCGUUUUUUAAUGCACGCCAGUGUAAACGCCAAAUUUAUGAAAAUAUUUUUUGUAAAGUUUUUAAUAGAAAAUUCAUUGUCAUAAAUGCUUCGAAGGAGCAUGUUUCACCACUCUUUCAUAUUGUCUCGUUACCAAUAUACACUCAUUUAUUUAUGACCGAAAUUUAAUAAUUUGCAAAAUUUCUAUUUGGACUGUUAAUCAUUGUGUUUAGUUUAUUGAUUACUAAUAGGUACUAAAACUAAAUAAUUUGUGUCUUUUGAAGACGGACAUGCUUCUUUGAGAAGAUAAUAAACCGACUUAGUCGACGUAUUCAACAAACAAAUUGAUAAAGGACAAAUAUUAAAAAAAACAAAGUGGUGAAACAAGCCGCCAUAUAAGACGGUUGAUUUUAAAAAUGGUGCUUUUUUAAAUAUUAAAAUGUUAUUGUGUGAAUCUCCGUUGGUCCAAGCACUAUUGGCCUUAUAGGUAAGGGCCUUUGUAAACGCUCUGGCUUUUAAUAAGUAUCAAUUUUGUAUAAUUCAGUUCAAUGUUAGCACGUUUUGUUGUUUAUUAUUAACUAACGCUAUUUACGCCUGGACGUCGGAUAUCUUAACUAUAAAACAAUAAGGGUAGCUUUACGAUUUGUCCAUGUUAAUCAAAUUUCUACCUUAAGUCCACGUGCAACGGUGUAUUUGAAAUGCAUAAGGAAAAUGCGUUUUUCCUCAUGCACUUUAGCGUUGAAAUGUAUGGACUAAACAUUCCAUAGAAACUUUUCCUAGAAUUAUCUAAAGCCAGUGUUAAAGUUACUUAAUAUUCUAGCUACCCAGAUCCACCCAUUAUAUAAACUACGUGCAUAAAUCUAUAAACUACCAUUGACUAUGUAAUCGUUAAUAUAAAAAUAAUAGGUAUAAAGUAUUGGUACUUAAAAUCAUCAAGCCCUUACCAGUUCGUGAAAAAUCGUCCAAAAGAUUAAUUUAGAUGCGUCGUUGUACUAUAUUGUAUUGCAGGUAUUCAUUAGUUUGUAAUUAUCGCACGCAUAUUCGCAUUAUUGUUAACUAAAAAACUUAUUAUAAUAUAUUAAUUUGCUUUUU